UGGGAAGUGGAAUCUCAAAAAAAAAACUCAAACGCCGGCGACACCGACGAAGAAGAAAGGAAAAAGGACGGGUACCUGUUAAAAGCGUUAAGGAACACGAGGGGAGCGAUAAACGCGAUUUGUAUGAGCCAUGAUGGAACCACGAUCGUCACCGUUUCUGAAGACAAGACUGGUCGCCUUUGGGAUACAAAGACUGAAGAGUGUGUAGGAUUAUUACAUGGCCAUAAAAGUUAUAUCAUAAGCGUGUGUGUUUCGGAAAGGUAUAUAUUUACCAGUUCGGCCGACAAGACUGUUCGAAAGUGGAACUUAGAGAGCGGAGCGUGCAUUAAAACAUUUCUCGGCCACACUUCAAAUGUAAAUCGCGUAAUUUGCUCAGGGGACUUAGUGUUUUCAAGUUCUUACGACAAAACAGUGAAAUGCUGGCAUGCAGACACAGGUGAAUGCUUACGAACUUUCCGCGGGCACCGGUUUUCGGUGACGCCGCUGUUACUAGUGUCGGAUUCAAACCGUGGAGCGGCUUUCGCAGCAGAUUUGGAAAACAAUGAUGACAUUCUCAUUUCUGGUUCGGUCGAUGGAACAGCUAAGAGCUGGGGAAUGAAUUCAAACGAAUGCCUCGUUACUUACAAAGGACAUGGCGGAGCAGUGAACUGCUUAGCCGUGGAUGGUAAAGGAAAAACUUUAUUUACUGGUUCGGCCGAUUCGACGAUUCGUUCUUGGGAUCUUCUCACUGGAGCUCCCAUAAAGACUUUUCAGGGUCACCAAGGCGCUAUUAUACAGCUACAGGUACGCGAAUUAAGUGUGGAAUACGAUAAUUUAAUAAAUACCCAGUUAUUUUCCUAUAUAAUUCUUGUCCUUUUAAGAAUGAAUUGUGAAAUAGUUUACACUUACAAAUCAACGAAAAACUUCCUGAACUUGUUUAUGAAUGCAAUUUCAAAUUAUGAAUAAUAAUGCAGUUGAAGGAUCCAUUAGAAAUGACAAAGCCGUUUUAAGCCUAUAAUUUCUGAAAACAGUGAUCGUUUAAAUAACAUGUGUCGUUUACGAAUGCAUCUGGUUUACAAACUGGUUUCUUAAGCCGAUUUUUUUAUGCCGGCGGCUUUCUGAGAGCGCGGAAAUUAUCUGUUUUCUGAAAGCCUAUUUUUAACCCAAGCACCAACGGAGCUUUCCCUUUCUAUGUCAAUUUAUCGCUUCGUUGAAUUCUGUUGUGCUAUUACGAAGCAUUAAGAUUGUCGAAAUUACUUCUUCUUAGAGUAUUCACUAUCUUGGUUAAAAAAAGUACUUCACUUAAAAAUUUAUCUUGCGAUAAAAAUUGACACGAUGACAUCUCUCCGUCUACAUUUGAUCACACUCUGUGGUUUCUAAAUGCUGUCUAAAUGCAAUCGUCGACGACAAACAAAUUUUUCACAUGAUAGCUUGUUUUCUGUGUGUAUUUAUCGGCUUGGAUAUGCGAAUAAUAAGAAUCAAACAAAAAAGGGAAAAAGGAAAACAAAAGAAGCGCUGUAACCCCAUUAAAUUUGGGCUAUUUCUUAGUUUUCCUUCUUCUGCUUCAGGGGUGUUUUAUUUCAAUAAAUUAUAAUUAUUCCUGUAAAACCUUAGUCUUACGCGAAAUUCAAUGGCUUACAACUUAUUAUCGUUCCACUGUUGCCGAAUUGCCAUUGUGUUUAUUGACUUUUUUAAAAAUGUACAGUGCACGCUAAACGAAUUGGGUUUGUGGUAUCGCUUAGUUUGUUACAAGGAAUGAUAUGCGAGCCUUUCUUUAUUUUGCCUGAUUAAUUUGCGCUAAAAGGCUUGGUUGUCGUGGAAACAUUAGCAAUAUGCAUUCAAUUUCAUUACGCUUUUAUGUUGGUUUUGCAAGCUACUUGCAGACCUGUCUAUGAAUUAUUUGUGGUGACAAGUGUUAACACCGUUAGCUUAAAAGGAGAAUCUGCUUUGUCAAAGAAAGCCGACUUAUGAGAAAAAUGGUGUCGUCAUUUGCUUCAAUAAUUAUUUUCCUAAUUAGUGAGUUUGCCUCGAAAACUCCUACGUAGGACGCGCUGUUGGCGUUGUCGACAUUGUUUUUCGUUGAUUUGCCAUAAAACGGACCCUGAACACAGAAAAAUAACACUGAUAGACUGCAAUAUUAUAAACACGUGUAUACAAGCAUCCUUGCUGGAGGCCAUCUUUGCACUUCAUUUAACUUUGCAUGUAAGCGGGCUUUCAUAUAUCAGUUGCAAAACAAAUUUGAAACCAUCAACUCCACUUUGCUUUUUAUUGUUGUUGUCUGUAGCCUUCUGAUCAAAAUGGUCCAUUUUCAGUUCUUUAUUUUGAAUUCAGAUCGCAUCCAGUUCCAGAAAUAAUGUCAAAUUUUAAAUAUUAAUGACAUAACCUUUGAAGAGUGUGGGAGCAGAUGCAUGUAACAGCUUGCUAGCUUAAUACCCACACUUUGCCAUAAGCACAAAUCAGCUUUUAAAUGAGACAUUACUGUUACCAAAACUUCGCUUUGGUCACUGAGAAUUUACUACAAUACUGGUAUCGAAAUAAGGACUUUAAACUGUAGCAAUAAGAAUAUAGAAAUAAAUUUUUUAGCAAUCAGCUGUUAGUUUCAUUUAAAUAUUCAAAUGCAUCAAAUCUCCCAUCUUUUUAUCUUAAGACUGAUUUAGAGAAUACAGCAACAAAAUUCCAUAUUAUAGCAGAUUUAUUUUAAAAUCAGCUAAAUAAUGCCUUGUUUAUCUCUCAGCCUUCACCCUUUCACUCCCAGGUGUGACUAUAAAGUAAUUUCUCCUUACAGGAGCAGGCAAAAAGUUAGUUAGAAACAAAACAUCAACUUGGUUUACAUUCUUUUAAUACUUUUCAUAGAUUUAUUCUUUUCAAUUAUCAUUACUAUUGUGAUUAAUUUUCUUUUUCAUUUAUUUAUCUUUUCUUUUGUGUAUGGUAAUACCCAGAAAGAAACAAUACUCACAAUACUGUUAUGAGCUAAGUAUACUUGACCACAUUGAUAAAGGUUUCUUACUUACUUACUAAUAUUCAUGUAGGGAGAUACAUUAAACCUAAUUCUUAAUACUGCAUGAAAACAAGAUAAGAUCCAACAGUGAAGACUACUAGAAUGAUCAGCAGACUUUAUCGUUUUAGUACUUAGUCUGAGUGUACCAUAGAAGUAUUUUCUCAUUUACAUCUGAAGGUUGUCAACAAGCUGAUGUACUCCUGUAGUGCAGAUCAAACGGCAAAAUGCUGGGUGAUUGAAUUUGGUGACUGUACGCGGACGUACAAGGGACACAAACAUACAAUAAAGAAUCUACAAUUCUCCGAUGGCCUACGUAAGUUAAUAUGCAAGUUAUUUUCAUGUGCUUAGUAUGGCAUUUGCUGAGUUCAUAACUGAGAGGUAGUCUAUGCUCUUAUGAAUAAUUGAUUAAACUCAAGCAAAAUAACUUAGUUUAAAUGAUACUAUUUUGGCUUUGUUAAGGGAAAUGUGCAAAAAUCAUACUUUUCCUUAUAAAAUAUUAAAUUCUUAUAGAAGAAGGAGUGUGUUUAAGCUUUGCAUACCACCAAUAAUAGAAAUUGAACCAAUAAAAGCCAUGCAAUAGGUGCAGCACUUAAACAACUGACAUUUCAAGCCAGUGAUAUCCAAUUGGUUCUCACACAAGUGCUUAACAAACUGAGCAAGGAGGAAUACAACAAAAAACAACAACAAAAAUUAUGUAAUUAUAUAUUGGUUGAGCAUUCCUUUUUGAUGUUUGGCACAAAUAUUGGGUAAUCCUUGUGAAUUGUAAGAUAUGCAUGACCUACACAAUUAAAUGAAAAAAUUUCCACUCAUUCACUUGACUUCUACUGAGUGGAAUGGGGGGGGGAACAUAAUGGCCUAGGGAAGGGGAGUGGGGGGGAUAAGACAACUUAAGAUUACUGAGAAACCUGUAUUGUCCAAUCUCUCCCCAGUAAUUACCUGCAGUGGAGACAAGACCCUCAAAGUAUACGAGUCCAAAUCUGGCAUGUGUAAAAGAACAUUCAAUGCAGGUAUAGAAGCAGGACCAGUUAACUGUUUUGUGGUGAGUCAUUUUAAGUGUUAUUGUAUCCUAAUUCUAAGAUAAUCCUCCAUGAAGAAUAAAGAAUUAAUCUCAAUGAUGUCAUUGCAGAAAAGAAGCCUGGAAAUAUUCAGGCUUCCAUGGGAAUCCAACCCAUAAAUUCCAUAAAUUGUAUUUCACAGAUACUCUGAGUUCUCUGCUUGUUAUCUCAAGUACAGGUCAAUAUAAUUAUUAAAAAAAAACUACUUGAGAAUUUCAAACAUGUUUAACAUUAUGGAGACAUAAGACUCUGAAGUGUUAAGGUGUUCUAGCCAAGAUUGCCCAAUUAUUAAAUCAUCAUUAUGUACUGAAAACACUGGGUACCUGGUGGCAUCAUUUUGCUCCAUUUUAUCCAACUGUCCUUUUCCUUAUGCAAACAUAUGCUUGUUCUAAACUGAGAUGAUACUCUACAAAAGAAAAUGACCUUAAUCUUGAAGAUUAUUAAAAAAAAUAUUCAAAUUCAUUCACAAUAAAUUGAUUUUGAGUAAUCACUAAAAAGGAGAUAAUAUUGCUAUGUCCUUUCAUGUAUAAUGCUGUCCUUUAUGUUACUUUUCAGGCUACUAGGGGAAGGCUAUACAGUGGCUGUCAUGAUGGCAGCCUAAUAAUCUGGGAUGCCACAAAACUUAGAGAAGAUGAAGAUGACAUAUACCAAAAUUUCCAGGAAAAUGGUGUUAAAAAGUAA